AUGUCGAUGGUCUCCUCUCGGCGCGGGCUUCCCCUGGUGCUCUCGGCUCUCCUCCUUGCAGUCCUCAUUCUCUCUGCACAAGCUGACGUCAAGAGAUACCAGUUCGACAUCGUGAUGAGCAACAUGAGCCGGCUGUGCCAUGCGAAAUCCAUGGUGACGGUGAACGGCAGCUACCCCGGGCCGACCGUCUACGCCCGCGAAGGGGACCGCGUCGUCGUCCGCGUCACCAACCGCGUCGAGCACAACGUGACGAUACACUGGCACGGGCUGAAGCAGCGCCGGAACGGGUGGGCGGACGGGCCGGCGUACGUCACGCAGUGCCCGAUCCAGGGCGGCGCCGGGAGCUACACCUACGACUUCAACGUCACGGGGCAGCGCGGGAGGCUGUGGUGGCACGCGCACAUCGCCUGGCUGCGCGCCACCGUCCACGGCGCCAUCGUCGUCCUCCCCGAGCGCGGCGUCCCCUACCCGUUCCCCAAGCCCGACGCCGAGGCCGAGAUCAUCCUGGGCGAGUGGUGGCACGCCGACGUGGACGCCGUGGAGAAGCAGGGACGCAUGCUUGGCAUGGCGCCCAACACGUCCGACGCGCACACCAUCAACGGCAAACCCGGCCCGCUCUUCCCGUGCUCCGAGAAACAUACGUACGCACUGCAGGUGCAGUGGGGGAAGACGUACAUCCUCCGGGUCAUCAACGCUGCAGUGAACGACGAGCUCUUCUUCUCGAUCGCCGGGCACACCAUGACGGUGGUGGAGAUCGACGCCACCUACACCAAGCCCUUGGCGGCGUCCACCAUCCAGCUCUCGCCGGGCCAGACCACCAACGUGCUCGUGCGCGCGGACCAGCGGCCCGGGCGGUACUUCAUGGCCGCCAAGCCCUUCAACGACGUGCCCGUCCCGGCAGACAACAAGGCGGCCACUGCCAUCCUCCAGUACGCCGGCGUCCCGACCUCCGCGCGGUACCCGGCCGACGUGCCGCGCGCCGUGGACCGCCACCUGCUGUACACCAUCGGGCUCAACGUCGACCUGUGCGCGUCGUGCGUGAACGGCUCCCACCUCGUGGCGUCGCUCAACAACAUCACGUUCAUGAUGCCCCGGGUGGCGCUGCUGCAAGCGCACUACGGUGGGCUGAGAGGCGUCUUCGCCGCCGACUUCCCCGACCGCCCGCCCGCGCGGUUCAACUACACGGGCGUACCGCUCACGGCGGGGCUCGCCACGUCUCUGGUCACGAGGCUGAGCAAGCUCGCGUACAACUCCUCCGUGGAGCUGGUGCUGCAGGACACCAACCUGCUGUCCGUGGAGUCGCACCCGUUCCACCUCCACGGUUACAACUUCUUCGUCGUCGGCAGGGGCCUCGGCAACUUCGACCCGGCCAAGGACCCCGCCAAGUACAACCUCGUCGACCCGCCUGAGAGGAACACCGUCGGCGUGCCCGCCGGCGGCUGGACCGCCAUCCGGUUCAGGGCAGACAAUCCAGGUGUUUGGUUCCUGCACUGCCAUCUCGAGGUGCACACGAGCUGGGGCCUCAAGAUGGCCUUCCUGGUGGAGGAUGGCAAUGGCCCUGAUCAGUCGGCUUUGCCGCCGCCCAAGGAUUUGCCCAAGUGCUGA